UUCACUGCCCUUGAGAUGUCAUCAAUUCUCCGUCACUGCUGUGAUCUUCUGAUAGGCAUUGCCGCUGGAUGGAGUGACAAGAUACGCACCAACAGCCUCCAAGUACAUAGGCAAUUCAAGGCAAUGAUGGUAUCCAUUGGAAGACCUUCACAUGGUGAAAGUGCUGAUUUAUUAAUUAGCUAUAAUGCAGGGCCAGCUAUAGAUGGGAUCAACUCAAGACCAUGGGUUGGAGGAUUAAUGUUCAUAUUCAUAUUCUGCAUGCAGGAAUUUGAAUCCCCUGCAUGCAAGCUACUUGAUCAAGUUAAAGUAGUUGCCCACAAAGCACAGAUGACGACCUACUACACUGUGAGAACGUUCUUGGAUCAGUGCAUGGAUGGUUCCAUUGCUUUACCUGCUGUUGUGUCCGAGAUUCCAGUUUUUCAGCAGAAGCAAGUACUGGUUUAAAAGGUACUUAGAGAUUUCUUUGAAUGUGGGGGUGUACUUUGCCACCCUGUUAUUGGGGAGCUAUCACCACGAAUGUUCCCAAACUUAGCAACAGCAGCAAAAUACUGGGCCAAAAGAAGGAAUCCCACAUUUUCUGGAUUUGAAGCCCCUGACAUUAUAUCAGGAUCAACUAUUAUACUCCCUCUACUUCAAAUGGCAUCUGCUCGCAAAAUCUCCAGAGAAGGUGACAUGGAUCCAUAUACUCUUAACAUCCUUCGUGAGUACAGGAUUUCAAGAUUUAAAUAA